AUGGCGGAGAGGUUUUCGCGUAAAUCCAGCGACAACGCGAUCACAUAUCAGGACAAGGCCAUCAAACAUUUCUUUAUGAGAGUAUUGCUGGCAAGCGCGCUGGUAACCUUUAUACUCGUUGUGCACACUGUCCUCAACAGCUUGCGAACUGGAACUUGGUUUGCAAUCGCAUACGUGAAGUUGGCGGCUCUGCUACUUUUCAUAUUGAUGCUAGUGCUCGGUGAACGGAUUUGGGGUAUGAGCCGGACCUUCAAGGUGAUGGUCGCAUCUGGGAUGUUUUGCAUGUGCAUUAUCAUUGCAUUGUUAUCGAGACCUACAGAUCAUUGGCAUUUGUUCGGCAUCUUGGUUCUGGAUUUCGUCAUCAUUAUGCAGACUGAUGAGGACGAGGUAGCAUUGCAAACAUUGUCCAUCGUAUUGUUCCUGGGAUAUGUGGCGUACGUAUUUCUCCACACGUUUUCUUCGGCUGGCUUAUGCCCGCAUAUUCACCUGGUCAAGCACGGCAGCGAAUCCGAUGUGGAGAGCCAGCUUUUCUGCGGCAUCAUCCCUGUUCUGUUGAAUGUGUUGUUGAUCAUGUCCUACGCACGGGACCUUCGUCGAGAGUCGAAGCGCGUCAGGAGUUCUGCGAGGACGGUUGCCACGAUCGCCGAGGCCCUCAACAGUUUUGAUAUUGAGAGAGCGCAGCUCUUGUUGUCAGAGAGAUCCGAGGACGAGGAUGUGGCCUCGGUGUGCCACCAGCUGGAGCAGCUGAUCUGCAACCUGCAGACGCACCGGCCUUUCUUACCAAAUUAUCUGUUCCCGCAGAACAGUGGAAGCGACAGCGACCCCACUGGCGGGGCCAUCGCGACGGCGAUGUGGGGCCAUCCCACGUUUUGGGACAACGCAGCGUCGGCGGCCACGAGACUGCGAGACCCAGAAUAUACCUUGAACGAGUUUCACUCAGACGUGGAAGCUGCAUUCCCCGAGCUGAAGCUCUACAAUGUUGGGUCAACGUGCUCCUCUGGGCGCACAUGCUCAGAGGAGUAUCAGCGCACACUAGGAGCACUAUAUUCAGUGUAUUGCAUCUCCCGCAUUGACAUUGAUGGGAAAGAAAUAUUAUCCUUCGGCGUCGACAGGCAUGGAAAGCCAGCGGUGAAAGUCGCACGUGAAUGGACGUCGCCAAAUCCGAUGGGAUCCCCACGAUUAGAUUGCGACCCGACCGACCCGAGACACGUGUUUUACAAGUCAAUGGACUGGGACCGAAUGUUGGAUCUUUUUGUUCGGGCUGGCCUCCUCCGCAGUGGUGGCAACGAUAGAUCCACUUCCGACUCGGGCACAGCUGUGUCUAGCAUUCUGCCUUCCAGUACGAGCCGUCAGGUAGGCAAGCGCCGAUACAGCAAGACUCCGAUCGUUGUCGACCACGAGCGCAUGACGGCGUUCCUCGCGCUGACAGCGUUCCAUGACGUUAUGAAGAAUUCGAGUUUGUUGCCGAAUGUCCAAGGUCAGCACGCGCCGUACAAUGGGCUCUCCGAAGGCGAUCGGGUGCACGACCACGACCUCGCGCUCAGGUACAUCAUGGAGCACUUUCCCGGCCUGCUGCCCAGCUUCAACGGCUUGGGGCCAGCCCAGCGUGCCGUCGUCUUCUUCACGCAGGCCAAGAUGGGGUUCAACAACGGCUGGCUCGUGCAGGGGGAGGCGCCGCCAGGCGCCCUCUUCUCCAAGUUCAAGGAGGUCAUCUAG